AAGCGGGAGGGGCGCGGCCGGCGCGGGGGAGGCGGCCGGGGACUGGAGGACAUGUUGUCUCCCCGGCGGAAAGGGUGCUGCGGCCGCUCCCCGCCGGCCCCCGAGAAAAGCCAGCGGUCCCCGGCGGCCCGGGAGCCCGGCGGCCCCUCUAUGGAGGAGGGCAGUGGCUUCCGCCUCUCGGCCGAGUGCCUGGACGAGCCGCCCAACAGCCGCGUCUUCGUGGUGCUGGGCAAGGACGCCGGUGAGGCGCUGAUCCGGGAGCGCUUCGCCCCCUUUGGGGACAUCCAGAACAUCUGGCUCCUGCGGGACAAGCGCACCAAUGAGUCCCGCGGCAUCGCCUUCAUCAAGUUCGCCCGCAGCUCGCAGGCCUGCCGGGCCAUGGAGGAGAUGCACGGCCGCAGCCUGGUCCCCGACACCAAGCCCAUAAAGGUAUUUAUUGCACAAUCAAGAGCAUCUGGAAGCCACCGAGAUGUUGAAGAUGAGGAGCUUACACGAAUCUUCGUUAUGAUACCAAAAUCCUAUACAGAGGAAGAUCUGCGAGAGAAGUUUAAGAUGUAUGGAGACAUUGAAUAUUGCAGCAUUAUUAAAAACAAGACUACUGGAGAAAGUAAAGGUUUGGGCUACGUAAGGUAUUUAAAACCAUCGCAAGCUGCCCGAGCAAUUGAAGAGUGUGAUCGAAGCUACAGGGCCAUUUUGGCUGAACCUAAAAAUAAGUCAUCUGAGUCUUUUGAACAUGAUUAUUAUAGUAAUAACAUGAGGCAAGAAUCAAGAGGAAAUACACUUCCAUUUUGUGGGCAGCCGGAAUUUUGCAGUUUUGAAAAAAAUGAGAACAGAAUUCAAGAGUCAGUCUCCAAACGUCUGUCAGUGGUAUCGCGGCUUCCCUUUGUCCAAGAGCAGCUGUUUGCUCUCUUUGAUCUAGUCCCAGGACUGGAAUAUUGUGAUGUUCAGCGAGAUCCUCAUACCAAUAGUGGGUAUGCUGUGAUUCAGUACAGUACUGCUGCGUCAGCUAUAUAUGCCAAGUAUAAAUUGCAUGGUUUUGAGUAUCCUCCUGGAAAUCGAUUAACUGUCAUUUUCCUAGAAGAUGGGAGUGAUAGCUCAGACCUCAUCAGAAAAAUGGCAACACAGCUAGUAACAGCACAUGUGUCGUCAGUGUUGCGGAAUAACAGUGCAAUUGUUCAGCAGUAUAGGACACCUCCUCAGGCAUUUGGAGGAACUUCUGGCUCACAGUUACUUCAGCCCCAAACAGAUGCCAUACUUCCACCACACAAAAAAAAAGUUCCACCUGACACUUCUGUGAAAGAAAGGCUUUUCAUUCUUUUUCAUCCCCAUCCUUUACCUGUAAAUGUACUGGAGGAUGUGUUCUGUCGUUUUGGGCACUUGAUAAAAGUUUACCUUGUGGCUGGAAAGAAUGUGGGCUAUGCAAAAUUUGCAGACAGAGCAAGUGCCAGUGAUGCCAUAACUGCGUUACAUGGCAAGACUGUGAAUGGCGUCAGGCUUAAAGUAAGGUUGGCAGACUCGCCUACAGAAGAAUCCAACAAACGCCAGAGAACUUACUGAGCAGAAACUAAAUAAUGACAUGACCCUCAGCUAGCUGACUGACUGACUGAACACGUGACUAGACAUGGUUCCUGUGGACAGUGACAGCUUUUUUAUUUUAAUUGCUACCUAGUUGGUCUCUCUAUAUAUGGUAUUUUCUGGUUUUGAAAAUGCAGACAUGCAGUUUUGAAAACUAUCUAGGCAUUAAAAAUUGUGAACUGGCGGUGAUUCUUGUGGUAGUCUAUAAUUUUGUAUUACAGAAGUUUCUCGCUUGUGUUUAAUUGAAUUCCUCCUCUAAGGUGGAAAUUACGACGAUGGGGGAAAUAAAGGAGUCAGCAUUU